AUAACGAACAACAGUGUCACUGUAUCUUAUCUGAGUGAAAGCCCUUGCUGAACGAUCCCAGCUCCACCUCUCGUUUCUCGAGUUAUGGCGCUCUAGCGCCCGUGCCAACGCCCUGAAGGGCCCCUAGAUACCAACUAGCGAAAUGGUCUUUGCGCGGGAUGCAGCGGUGGUGGUCAAGGGCAGGGAUGGUCGCACCGUGCUGCUGCAAAGUCGGGGACUGGACAUCCAGCAGGCGAACAUGGCUGCCUCGGAGGGGAUGGCCACGCUCCAAGCAGCUUCCACCAACGCGGAUGCGUGGGACAUCCUCUCCAACUCACAAGGCGCGCCGCUGUUGUGCGGCCGCGUGGAGGUCAUGCACUCGCAGCUGGCAGUGACGUACCGAGUGGUGGGGCCGCUGGUGUUCCUAGUGGUCACGCCGCCCGCCGCCAAUGCCUUCAGCUGCGUGCAGCUGCUGGGACAGGUGGUGCGGGUAGUGAUGGGGCCGGCGGAGGGCAAGGCCGCGGCGGAGCUGACGGCGGAGCGGCUACAGCGCAAGUUCGGCGAGGUAUACCUGGCGGUGGAUGCGCUGCUGGGUAGCGGCGGCAUCCUGGAGGCUGGCGCGGCGCUGGCGCGUGCUAACGCCACGCUGGAGCAGUUGCACGACAAGAGCAAGGUAGCGGCGGAGGCGGCACCCAAGCAGGUGCCCAAGCAGCAGCAGGCCAAGCGCAGGACGCUCCAGGGCGCCAUCGACCAGCUGGCCCGCCUGUCCUUCACCGGCGCCGGCGCCGUCAUGCAGGCCGUGCCGCCGCGGCCCGGCUUCCAGCUGCCGGACACUUCCAACACCGCAGGGCCGCCGCCACAGGCACGUGCCGCCGCCGCGGCGCCUGGUGCGGCUGCUGCGGCAGCGACUGGCUUCGACGAUGACGACGACAUUUUCAACUUCAAACCCAAGAAGGACGCGGCGGCGGCCAAGCCCGCGCUGCCGGCUGGCGCCGACCCCAACGACCCCUUCGCCAUGUCCGACGUGGCGCCGCUGGCUGUGGCGGCCGCAGACGCCAAGAAGCCAGACGACUGGCAGUCGUUUGACGGCAAGGACGGCAAGAAGAAGGAACUAGGAUUCGAGGACAACGCUUUCGGUGCCGGUGCCGCUGCGCCUGCCGCGCCGGCGCCCAUCGUGCCGGCCGAGCCCGUGCUGCGCCUGACGGAGUUCUGGCGAGGCGAGGCGGCGGGCGGGCGGCUGGUGCGGGCUGGCGUGGCGGGCCGCGUGGAGUGGGUGAGCGAGGGCGCCAAGGCCAAGGUUCACACCGUGCAGUUCAUGGUGCAGCCGCCCGAGCCCGCCAACAGCUUCCUGGCCGCGGCGUUGUCCUCCGCGCGCCGCCACCCCGCAGCCACCAAGCAGGGCCGCGCCGCCGGCGUGCUAGUGGCGGACGGCAUCGCCGCCAAGCCGCACGCCGGCGCGCCGCUGCUCGCCUACCACCUGCCGCCCGCCGCCGUGGCGCCGCCACCGCUGCAGGCGCGGCUCGGCACCUCCUGCCAGCUACUGCCUGACGGGCGGCGGCUGGUCACGGUGGGCGUGCACUACGCGGUGAGUCCGCGGCUGGCGCCGCGGACUGCCGCCCUGCGCGCGGAGCUGCGCUUGCCGGCGCUGCUGGAGUCGCCGGUGCGGGCGGCGCCGGCCGGUGCAACGUUCGACGCAAAGGCCCGAGCCCUAUCGUGGGAGCUGCCUGGGGACAAGCUGGCAGCGGGGCUCGACAACGGCGGCGGCGCGGCGGAGCCGCUGGUGGCGUGCUUCUUGUUUGGAGGGGAGGAGGCGGCGCUGGUGGCAGCGCUGGCGCAGCGGCUGAGCGGCGUGUUGGUACUGCGCGGGGUGGUGGGGGGUGCGGGCGGCAGUGGCAGCCUCAGCGGCGCGAGCCUGGCGCAGGGCGUGGUGGAGCUGGAGCUGACGCCGGCGCUAUGCAGCUGGAGCGCGGAGCUGGAGGUUAAAUCAUAGGCUGCUGCUGGUGGCUUGGCCGAGCUUCGAUUGAACAGGUCGCGGAGAAAGAUAUGGCGGGGGAGAAGGGGGGAUUAUAGGGUAAGGACGCUGCCAUGUGUGUAUGCAAUGGACACGCGCGACUGUCUUCGCCGCCGUUACCUUGUAAAUAUUAUUAUGU